CGCGCCGGUCGCCCCGCGCUCCGACGGUCCUCCGCCCGGGACUCCGGGUCCCCGCGGCCGGCCGCGCAAGAUGAAGCUGGCCCUCCUCCUGCCCUGGGCGUGCUGCUGCCUCUGCGGGUCGGCGCUGGCCACCGGCUUCCUCUACCCCUUCCCGGCCGCAGCCCUGCAGCAGCACAGCUACCCCGAGCCGGGCGCCGGCUCUCCGGGCAGCGGCUACGGGAGCCGCCGGCACUGGUGCCAUCACACGGUGACACGGACGGUGUCCUGCCAGGUGCAGAAUGGCUCGGAGACGGUGGUCCAGCGUGUGUACCAGAGCUGCCGGUGGCCGGGGCCCUGCGCCAACCUCGUGAGGACCCUGAUCAGACCCACAUACAGAGUGUCCUACCGCACAGUGACAGCGCUGGAGUGGAGGUGCUGCCCUGGCUUUACCGGGAGCAACUGCGAUGAGGAAUGCAUGAACUGUACCCGGCUCAGCAACAUGAGUGAGCGGCUGACCACGCUGGAGGCCAAGGUUCUCCUGCUGGAAGCAGCGGAGCGGCCCUCAGGCCCGGACAAUGACCUGCCGGCCCCCCAGAGUACCCCACCGCCCUGGAACGAGGACUUCCUCCCCGACGCCAUCCCCCUCGCCCACCCGGGGCCCCACAGGAGAAGGCCCCUGGGCCCAGCCGGGCCCCCGGGGCAAAUGGGACCACCAGGGCCUGCAGGCCCCCCAGGCUCCAAAGGUGACCGGGGCCAGGCAGGAGAGAAGGGCCCGGCAGGACCUCCCGGCCUCUUGGGGCCGCCAGGGCCCCGCGGGCUUCCUGGAGAGACGGGGCGCCCCGGCCCCCCUGGUCCCCCUGGCCCGGCCGGCAGCCCGGGCCUCCCUCCAGACGGCCCCCGAGGCGUCCUGUACUCUCUGCAGCCGCCCACCGACAAGGACAAUGGAGAUGCACAACUGGCCUCUGCUGCCGUGGACACGGUGCUGGCAGGCGUCCCAGGGCCCCGGGGCCCCCCCGGCCCUCCAGGUCCUCCUGGACCCCACGGUCCCCCAGGCCCCCCAGGUGUACCUGGAUCCCAGGGUCUGGCUGGAGAGCGGGGCGCGACGGGGCCAUCUGGCGAAGGAGGAGGUGGGAAGGAGGAGGAGGAGGAGGAGAGCGGCACCGCGGAGAGUGAGGGGGUGCAGCAGCUGCGGGAGGCCCUGAAGAUCCUGGCGGAGAGAGUCCUCAUUCUGGAGCACAUGAUCGGGAUCCAUGAUCCCCUGGCCUCCCCCGAGGGGGGCUCCAGCCAGGACGCUGCCCUGAGAGCCAACCUCAAGAUGAAACGGGGCGGCCCCCCGCCCGACAGCUCCCUCGCUGCCCUGCUCGGCCCCGACCCCGGGCAGAAGAGCGCUGGCCGGGCCAGCAGCGAGAAGUAGGGGCCCAGCUCUCCAAGACAAG